AUGGCGUGCUUCAAUUGGCUUGCUGAUGUUGCUCUGUCCCUGUGCUCCCCGCGAGAGGUUCGCCAAGUCCGCACAACAGCAGAUCCACCAAUGGCACCUGAAGAUGCCCUCAAGCUCUUGAAGGAGGGCAAUCGGCGCUUCGUGGAUGGACGGCCAUUCGGUUCCAGGACCAAACAUGCUGCCCGUCGCCAGUUGGUGGACGAAGGUCAAGCUCCUCACACUGCCAUCAUUGGCUGUGCGGAUUCCCGAGCGCCCUUGGAGAUGAUAUUUGAUGCCAUGCCAGGCGACAUCUUUGCUUUGCGCAACGCAGGGAACACCUGCACACACGCUGAAGGGAGCAUGGUUGGCUCGCUUGAGUUCUGCACUGGCAAGCUGGGAAGCCGCUUGAUUUUGGUCCUUGGACAUACCAAGUGCGGAGCCAUCUAUGGAGCUACGAAGACCUUCAUGGAUGCUUCGAAUGCUUCGCAGCGAAAGGCAGGAUCGGCCUUGGAAGGUUUGCUGCAAGGCAUUGGCUCUGUGGCUGAACAAGCUGCACAGGAGGUUGGGCCCGGCGCUAGCUCAGAUGAUGUGGCAGCCCAUGCGGUCCAGGUGAACGUGUUCCACACUAUCAAUUUCUUGUUGAAAUAUUCGCACUCCAUCCGAGAGAGUGUGAGGUCAGGGCAAGUGCAGAUUGAAGGUGGCAUCUACCAAUUGGAGACCGGAUCCGUAGAAUUCCUUGGAGCAUCGCCUCGCCAAGGUGAGUUGCUCAGCAGCAGUCUGCCAGUUCCCCCUUCCAUGAUCGCUCCAGAUGAUGCGCGUGGUGUUCAUGGCGUGCGCACGGCUGCAGACGAACGAAUGCCUUCAGAUGUGGCAUUGAAAAUGCUGAAGGAUGGCAAUGAACGAUUUGCUGCCGGAGCCCAGACUGCUAGCAGCACCUCUGGGGAUAUGCUAAAAGCUUUGGCAAAGUACAAUCAAGCUCCGCAUAGCGCCAUCCUUGGAUGUGCAGAUUCACGAGUUCCAGUGGACACUGUAUUUGAUGCUAUGCCUGGAGAACUUUUUGUUUUGCGCAAUGCAGGAAACACCUGCACACACGCUGAAGGAAGCAUGCUUGGCUCGCUUGAGUUCUGCACUGGCAAGCUGGGAAGUCGUUUAAUCCUUGUCUUGGGACACACACAGUGCGGUGCCAUUGCUGGUGCCACUACAACUUAUCAAUCUUAUCAGUCAGAUGAACCCCGAGCUCCAGGCUGCGCUUUGGAAGGUUUGUUGCAAGGCCUGGCGGCCGUGGCCAAAGAAGCAAGUAGUGACUUAGGGCCGGGUGUGCCGCAAGACAAACUCGUGAGUCACGCUGUCAAGGUGAACGUUUUUUCCUCCAUAAAUUUCCUUUUAAAGUUCUCCGAACCACUGCGUGAUUUGGUGCGCAAAGGAGAGCUGGAUAUUCAAGGUGGCAUCUAUCAUUUGGAGACAGGUCGAGUGGAGUUCCUUGGUCGUUCUCCCCGUCAGGAUGAGCUCUUGUCCUCAAAGCUGUCAGUUCCUCCAUCUAUGGCUAUGAACACGGUACGGACGUCUGAGGAUGGGACUUUGGAACCAAACUUGGCCAUGCAGAUGCUGAAGGAAGGGAAUGAGCGCUUUGCUGUAGGAGCUCCACUGAUCGGAAAGGUAAACCGCAGCAUGAGAGAGGCACUGGCAUUGAAGGGCCAAGCACCCCACACUGCUAUUGUGGGAUGCGCUGAUUCACGAGUGCCACUGGAGACUGUUUUUGAUGCUUUGCCCGGAGAUCUCUUUGUUCUGCGUAAUGCUGGCAACACAUGCACCCACGCUGAGGGAAGCAUUCUUGGGAGUUUGGAGUUCUGUACUGGGGCUUUGAACACCCAGUUGAUCUUUGUGCUGGGUCACACCAAUUGUGGGGCUCUCAAGGGAGCUACCUCCGCGUUCCUUUCCUCCAAGGAGUCCAAAAAACAGGCCUCUCAGGCACUGGACGUGCUGCUGAAUGAGCUGGGCUCUGUCGUGUCAGAAGCGAAAACCCAAUGCCGCAAGCAGGCCACUCUGGAUGAGAUUGCCGCUAGGGCGGUGAAGCUCAAUGUCUUCAAUACGAUGCACUUCUUGUUGCGGUAUAGUGAACCAAUCCGCCAGAAGGUGCGUGCUGGAAAAUUGGAGAUCGAGGGGGGUAUCUAUGACUUGAAGUCAGGUCGGGUUGAGUUCUUGGGCAAAAGUCCUCAUGAGUCCAAACUGGUGAGAAUCGGCAGCAACGUGGCCCCAUCUUUGAAGCAGAAGAUUGGCGGACCAUAG